UUCGACCCCAAAUCCUCAUCUGUUCCGUCUCUGUAGUGUCAUUCACAAGCGAGUGGUAACGUCAGCGCAGAGAGGAGGCUGUACCGUUUUUUUUUUGGAGGGGGUAACUCGACUAGGGGGGCACUCGACACCCAUCUCUCCACCCCUAGUCGAAUGAGGUGGAUUUAGGAAGAAAAGACUCCAUACCUGCGACGUGGAGAUAAACCACAGCAACAAACAGAUACGCAUUUGGAAGUUAUCUCACAGCUCGGGUUUUAGUUCUAUUGGGACGAUCAACAAAGGGAAUGAUGUGAAAACAAAAUACAGACUUGCAAAGGGCGUGAUUGUAGCGGUGGUUUGCCCCGUAUAAAAGCGACUACGUUUUUUACACAACUGACAUGUUUGAUUAUUCUUCAGUUUGCUUUUAUUUCAUGGAUGCAAAAUAAGCCUUUUUGGAGGAGAAAUAUAAUUUUAAAUUGUCCCUCAUAUGCCCCCCAUAAAGAAAUUCGGAGGGGCAGUUUAACAAAAAAAAAAAAAACUUCUCACGCCACUCAAUGUUGUGUUCUAGAACACCUAAAGCGAGACCGAUUUAAGACAAAGCCCGGAUCAAAUCAAGUCUGAGUCAAGACCGGAGGGGGACAAGAGGUCCGAGACAGAGUCAAGACCGAGACCAGAAAAAUAGACAUCCUGUUUGAAGACCACAGCCUUCUCUUCGUGGGGCCUCGGCACUCCAGCCAGGUCAAAGGUCGCCCCCAGAGCAAGAUGGCCGCCGGCGGUCCACCCUGCCUCUGUCUGCCGGCCCUGCUGCCCCUCAGCACUCUGUUGCUCUGUAUGCUGCUUACUGGCUUCCAUGCCUUAUCACAGCCAAGAUUCACUAAAGUUCCCGUAGACCAGAUUGGCGUAUCUGGGGGUGUGGUCUCGUUCGUGUGCCAGGCGACAGGAGACCCUAAGCCCCGGGUGAGCUGGAACAAGAAGGGGAAGAAAGUCAACUCCCAGCGCAUUGAGACUAUAGAGUUCGACGAGGGUGCCGGCGCCGUCCUUCGGAUCCAGCCUCUACGAGCGCCGCGGGACGAGAACAUCUAUGAGUGCGUGGCGGAAAAUAGCGAGGGUGAGGUCAACGUUAACGCCAAGCUGUCCAUCAUCAGAGAGGACUUGCUCCCGGGAGGAUUCCCCAACAUAGACAUGGGUCCCCAGCUGAAGGUGGUCGAGCGGACCAGAACGGCCACCAUGCUCUGUGCUGCCAGCGGCAACCCCGACCCAGAAAUCACCUGGUUUAAGGACUUCCUGCCCAUAGACCCCAACGCAAGUAACGGGCGAAUCAAACAGCUGCGCUCAGGCGCCCUGCAGAUUGAGAACAGCGAAGAGACGGACCAGGGGAAGUACGAGUGUGUGGCGUCUAACGUGGAAGGCGUGCGUUACUCAUCCCCUGCUAACCUAUAUGUGCGAGAGCUUCGAGAAGUCCGCCGCGUGCCCCCUCGCUUUUCUAUCCCGCCGACCAGUCACGAGAUGAUGCCAGGUGGCAGUGUGAACAUCACCUGCGUGGCGGUAGGGUCGCCCAUGCCGUACGUCAAAUGGAUGCUCAACUCCGAGGACCUGACGCCGGAAGACGAAAUGCCGGUGGGUCGGAAUGUUCUGGAGCUCAACAGCGUGCGAGAGUCUGCCAACUACACAUGCGUGGCCAUGAGCAGUCUGGGCAUCAUCGAAGCGGUGGCGCAGAUCACCGUCAAGUCCCUGCCCAAGCCCCCAGGCACCCCAAUGGUGACCGAGACCACGGCCACCAGUGUCACCAUCACCUGGGACUCGGGCAACCCAGACCCUGUGUCCUAUUACAUCAUCCAGUACCGCGCCAAGUCUCCCGACAGCAAGUUUGAGACCAUGGACGGCAUCACCACUACGCGAUACAGCAUCGGGGGCCUCUACCCCAACACAGAGUACGAGAUCCGCGUCUCGGCCUUUAACACCAUCGGCCAGGGUCCCCCCAGUGAGCCGGUGGAGACCCGGACUGGGGAACAAGCCCCGGCCAGUCCGCCUCGCAACAUCCAGGCCCGGAUCAUCUCCCAGAACACCAUGAUGGUGCGCUGGGACGAGCCUGAGGAGCCCAACGGACAGAUCAAAGGGUACCGGGUGUACUACACCAUGGACCCGUCCCAGCCCAUGAGCCUAUGGCAGAUCCAUAAUGUCCAGGAUAGCAUCAUCACCACCAUCCAGAGCCUGGUGGCAUCUGAGACCUACACCAUCCGUGUCCUGGCCUUUACCUCGGUGGGCGACGGGCCCUUUUCCGACCCCAUCCACGUCAAAGUGCUGCAAGGAGUCCCCGGACAGCCAACAAGGUUCCAGGUUGGUGCUGUGUCCGACACAAGCAUGGAGUUGACCUGGGAGCCUGCCUUCCAGAAAGAGGGGAUCAUCAGCUUUGAACUCCGGUACAAAGAGGGCAAUUUUGGCAGUCAGGUGACCAAAACUUUCGGCCCCACUGCUUCAUACGUCGUUGAGGGUCUGCGGGCAAACACGGAGUACUACUUCUCUCUGGCUGCCAUUUCCAACAAAGGCAUCGGAGCCUUCACCAACGAAAUAUCCCAGAAAACCUUGCAAGCCAAGCCCUCAGCCCCCCCUCAAGACGUUAAGUGCAGCAGCUCCAGCUCCACCUCCCUGCUGGUAAGUUGGCGCCCCCCGCCUGUGGAGAGCCAGAAUGGCGCCCUGGCGGGGUACCUAGUGCGCUACCAGGUGGUGGGAGCCUCCGUUGAGGGUGGCAGUGCCGGGGAGCCCAUGGAGGAGCCAGCCGUGCUGCCCAGUGAUGAGAAGGUGCUGCUGCAGAAGCUGGAGAAGUGGACCCAGUACAGCGUCACCCUGGCCGCCUUCACUGAGAUUGGGCCAGGCCCAGAGAGCGAGCCCCUGCUCUGCCGCACCGACGAGGAUGUUCCCGGAGCUCCUCCUAGGCGGGUGGAGGUGGAGGUGCUCAACUCCACGGCGCUCAAGGUCAUGUGGCGCUCCCUGUUGCCGGGGCGACAGCACGGCCAGAUCCGUGGUUACCAGGUGCACUAUGUGCGUGUGGAGUACGGGGAGUCGCGCGGCCUGCCCCUCAUCAAGGACGUCAUGCUUGCCGAUGCCCAGUGGGAAACAGACGAUACAGCCGAAUAUGAAAUGGUCAUCGGAGGGCUACAGUCGGACACCACCUACUCCAUCACAGUAGCUGCGUACACCACGAAGGGAGACGGGGCACGCAGCAAACCCAAACUGGUGGUAACCAAAGGAGCAGUGCCUGGGCCACCCUCUCUGUCGGUGGCUCAGGAUUCAGAGACGUCGGCCGUGGUGUGCUGGGACGCACCCGAUGUUAUGAUCCCUGGCAUGGGGCUGCAGGGUUACCGGCUUCAGUUUGGCCGUAAGGACGUGUCCCCCCUGGCUACUCUGGAGUUCACCCCCCAGGAGAGGCAGUACACGGUGGCUAGUGUCCACCGCGGUGCCACCUACCUCUUCAAAGUCCAGGCCAAGAGUCGGGGUGGCUUCGGUGAGGAGGCGACAGCCGAACUGCAGGUGCCCGAACACACACCCCAGGGGUACCCCCAAAUCAGAGAAACCUCCAACGUGACCUGCUGCUCGGUGGAGUUGUCAUGGUCGCCCCCGGUGCUGGCAGAGCGCAACGGGGACAUCACAGAGUACACACUAGCAUACCAGGAGACGGGCUUGGGGGGCGCACCCCGGGAACUCAGCCUGCCCGCAAGCCAGUCCACCUACGUGCUCAACAGCCUCAAACCCAACUCGGCGUACGACGUGAAAAUACGCGCGCACACGAGUGUAGGUCCAGGGCCCUACAGCCCGCCGAUCCAGUAUCGGACAGUGGCGUUUGAGACAGACGUCCCAAAGAACUUCACGGUGAAGUGGGUAACCAAGACGACGGUCUUGCUAACAUGGAAGUUUGUUGAGAGGCGGUUCCCAUUUCGGUGCACGAUCGAGUACAACCGUCAGAAGAUUGACGUGGACGCCCGGCUGACCAAGACGCUGGUCACCAGCCUGCGGCCUAACACCACCUAUGAGUUCCGGGUCACGUGUCAGGAGAACACAGAGGGUGGACCUCGCCACCGUGUGGUCGCUAGGACCACACCGCCCAUCCUGGUCAAGAAGCCCAGGCUGGACCUCUACUCGGAGCCAGACAACAUUCUGACCAUGGGUUUCGCCCCGGUAGAGACCAAGGACAUCAAGGACUUUUAUGUGGUGGCGGUACCACUAAAGAAGGGUUUGGGGACUGCACGCCAUCUCAAGAACCCAGACGAAAUGGACCUGGAAGAGCUGCUGAGGGACAUCACCCCGAAGCGUCGCACCAGGCGUCAGCUGAGCCAGGCGGAUGGCAAGAAGCCCUACAUCACAGCCUGCUUCAAGCAGCUCCCCACCUCGUUCACCCUGGGCACAGAGCACCGCCACAGCAGCUGUGAGAGCAAACCUCUGGAGCCCGGGCAGGAAUAUGUCUUCUUCCUACUGGCUGAGCUCAACACCACCGCAGGGAAAAUGUUUGCGGCCAGCCCAUACACGGACUUAGUGGUGACCCCAGAGCUCGAGGCUGAUCCUCUGCCCAUGGAGACAGGCGGGGACGGCCUCAUCUGGGUGGUGGGGCCCGUCCUGGCCGUAGUCUUCAUCAUCUGCAUCGUCAUCGCCAUCCUCCUCUACAAGAACAGCAAACCUGACAGCCGCAAACGAAAGGAGUCAGAGCCCAGAACAAAAUGUCUGCUGAACAACGCAGAGAUCACCCCCCACCACCCCACAGACCCAGUGGAGAUGAGACGCAUUAACUUCCAGACCACAGGUAUGAUGAGUCAUCCCCCCACCCCCAUCGCGGAGCUGGCUGAACACACGGAUCUUCUCAAAGCCAACGACAACCUGAAGCUCUCCCAGGAGUAUGAGUCCAUCGAUCCAGGCCAGCAGUUUACGUGGGAACACUCCAACCUGGAGGUGAACAAGCCCAAAAACCGCUACGCCAACGUCAUCGCCUACGACCACUCCCGCGUCAUCCUCGCACCCAUCGAAGGUAUUACCGGCAGUGAUUAUAUCAACGCCAACUACAUAGACGGCUACAGGAAGCAGAAUGCCUACAUGGCUACGCAGGGCCCGCUGCCCGAGACGUUCGGGGACUUCUGGAGGAUGGUGUGGGAACAGAGAGCAGCCACUGUGGUCAUGAUGACCAGACUGGAAGAGAAAUCACGGAUCAAGUGUGACCAGUACUGGCCCAGUCGAGGUACAGAGACCUAUGGUAUGACCCAGGUGACUCUACUAGACACCAUAGAGCUGGCCACCUUCUGUGUUCGCACUUUCUCCCUGCACAAGGUACGAAAUGGCUCCAGUGAGAAGCGGGAGGUCCGUCAGUUCCAGUUCACGGCGUGGCCUGACCACGGGGUCCCCGAGUACCCCACCCCCUUCCUGGCCUUCCUCCGCCGGGUCAAGACCUGUAACCCCCCAGACGCAGGCCCCAUCAUCGCCCACUGCAGUGCGGGCGUGGGGCGGACAGGCUGCUUCAUCGUGAUUGACGCCAUGCUGGAGCGCAUCAAGCACGAGAAAACAGUAGACAUCUACGGCCACGUGACCCUGAUGCGAUCGCAGCGGAACUACAUGGUGCAGACGGAGGACCAGUACAGCUUCAACCACGAUGCGUUGCUGGAGGCGGUGGCGUGCGGCAACACGGAGGUGGCAGCCAGGAGCCUGUUCUCCUACAUCCAGAAGCUGGCCCAGGUGGAGACGGGCGAGCACGUCACCGGCAUGGAGCUGGAGUUUAAGCGCCUAGCCAACUCCAAGGCCCAUACGUCCAGGUUUAUCAGUGCCAACCUGCCCUGCAACAAGUUCAAGAACCGUCUGGUGAACAUCAUGCCCUACGAGACCACCCGCGUCUGCCUGCAGCCAAUCAGAGGCCUCGAGGGCUCAGACUACAUCAACGCCAGCUUCAUCGACGGAUACAGGCAACAGAAGGCCUACAUCGCAACGCAGGGCCCGUUGGCAGAGACCACAGAGGACUUCUGGAGGAUGAUGUGGGAGAACAACUCCACUAUUGUAGUCAUGCUCACCAAACUCCGAGAGAUGGGCAGGGAAAAGUGUCAUCAGUACUGGCCCGCUGAGCGUUCGGCCAGGUACCAGUACUUUGUGGUGGACCCCAUGGCUGAGUACAACAUGCCCCAAUACAUCCUCCGAGAGUUCAAAGUCACCGAUGCCAGGGACGGGCAGUCCAGGACAGUGCGGCAGUUCCAGUUCACUGAUUGGCCGGAGCAGGGGGUGCCCAAGUCAGGGGAGGGCUUCAUAGACUUCAUAGGUCAGGUGCACAAAACCAAGGAGCAGUUUGGCCAGGACGGACCCAUCUCUGUCCACUGCAGUGCGGGGGUUGGCCGGACCGGUGUCUUCACCACACUCAGCAUCGUGCUGGAGAGGAUGCGCUAUGAAGGCGUGGUAGACAUCUUUCAAACGGUCAAGAUGCUGCGGACACAGAGGCCGGCCAUGGUCCAGACAGAGGAUGAAUAUCAGUUUUGCUACCAGGCGGGUCUGGAGUACCUAGGAAGCUUUGAUCACUAUGCAACGUAAAAAUCCAUCUCGUCCCCCGAAUCCUAUGUCCCCCUCAACAGUCUCCUGAGCCAUAGAAAUGACGACAACAACAACAGCAGCCAGAAAACAUAAUUCAACCAACAGAAUAGCAAACGAAUUGUAGCUUUUUUUUUUUCAUUUUUUUUUUUAAAGCCAACAAGAGUGCAAUUCCAAUUGAACCCAAUGGACUUUGAUGCCGGUGAGGAAACCGUAAAUGACUCCAUCAGCAGAACUAAUUGACGCCCUCACUCUGAAGAAAGGAACCAAAAGUGGUGGCUCAAGCUGUGGGGUGGGAAUAAUUAAAGUGUUGGACUGCUAACCUUACCUCAAGUGUUCAGAUGUGGAGGUGGACAUUGUAAACAUUUUGUGGACAUCUAUUAAAAAAACAACUACGUUACAAACAAUACAAAGACAACAGUGAAUGGAGGAAAAACCAACUAGGCAACGUGACUGAGGUAAAAAAAAAAAGGGGGAUUGGUAAAAACUGAGAAAAUGGUGGAGUGGAUGUAGCUUAGAUGGGGGAAGCGUUCGCAUGUUUUACCAUGUAAGGACAGGUUCAGAGUUCCUAGUUGUUUAUAAACACUUCUGAUGGAAAACUGUGGUUGCCUGUGUACACAGAUGAUUCUCCCCAAAAUGUCAGACACCUCUGAUGAGACAAACACACUGAGUUAACGGUAAGGUACUGGCAAGAGAAGUCAACCUCCAUUCGGGAACCCCCUACCACACUCAUCCUUCUCUCUAAGCAAGAUAACCUCUACUGCCCAUAGUUUUGUUACAACCUUAGAAGCUCAACUCCCAACUCCUCACAUGUCCAUCAUCUCGUACAAAGGGUAGCCCUAUAAUCCCUUCAACUCUUUGGUCUAAGAGGAGCUUCUGCAGUACAGAAUAUUCUGGGGGAAAGUGAUGAUGGUGUCAUAAAGUGACUGCCAGCGGUGGAUAUCGUCAAAUGCCAAUUCAAUCAACUUACCGUUUUCAGUUUCUCCAUCACUUGACGUGUGGAGCUUCUUGAGGACAAACCCCAACAUGUUUAUACAGUCACCACCGAUAUAGCUCUCAUAGCCUCAGUCACCAUGGAAACUGGGUAAAAAGAGACAGCUCUUGCAAGACCAGAUAAAUGACAAUGAAGUCCCUUGACUUUUUACUGUCACUCUUCGUUCAGGACUAGUUUUUACUGGUGCAGUGCCCAACAUAUUGAACGAGUGGAAUCACCACAGGAGAACUUGGCAUGGUGAAUGGCGGCAACUGAGCUCUCUUUGCAAACUUGUACAGUGACCAACAACCCAUUGUAAUCAUUUGUUAAUUUUGUCUUACAAUUACUUGUAUUUCUGGGGGUUUUCUGUCAAUACCAAACAUGCUGCUUAUUCUCCUGUAUGCUGUAAGUGUGACUCUGGUAUGGGAUGACAAUGGAGGUGCCUGGUCUGGCGGUGUCAGUUUCCACCCUGAGACUGAAAGAGCAUCCACAUGUUAUGGUCCCCCCCCCCCCCCCCAUCAACUCCUCUCGGCCUCCUCUGGACUCACUGUCUCACAUGACUUGCUUGACUUAAAGAAAGAGACUAGUGCUCUACUAACAGUGGAAGGACAGUGGUUCAAAGUUGUGAGGAACUGAGUUGAUAACCCAGAGAAAGGUUCCUGUCUUUUCUCUUCCACCUAUUGGCCAAAGGCCACAGUGGAUGACUGGCCAAAGGCCACUGUGGAUGACUGGCCAAAGGCCACUGUGGAUGACUGGCCAAAGGCCACUGUGGAUGACUGGCCAAAGGCCACUGUGGAUGACUGGCCAAAGGCCACUGUGGAUGACUGGCCAAAGGCCACUGUGGAUGACUGGGAAAGAUCUGGCCUUUUUGGAUUUGAAUGUUGUGAUGUGAAAGUUAUGUCCACGCUACAAAUGACUUGCACAUCACUAAACUUGAAAUCUAAACAAUAGCAGGGCCGAUUCUACGCACUAUGUACACGUGUCUGACAAAAACAAGCCCUCAAAGCCCACAAUUUUAUUUUUUCUCAGAGGUCUGUGCUUUGGUAUACCCAGGAGUAUCCUUUCACAUUGGAUUCUGUGAAGGUUUUUGGAUUGGUAUAUUCACUAACAGAAUGAUGAAAGGAAUUGUUUGUAGUCUUUCUUAUUUCCAAAAAAAGCCUUAUUGUUAUUGUAACAUUAUGGAAACAUGAAUGUUGUGUUAUGAUGACUAUUGUUAUUUUACUUUACAUAGCUUACUUUUCAUUUUAGUUUUUUGUUUAGUUUUUUUAACAGAGAUAUUGUAUCACAUUUUUUCAAAUUAGCAGGAAAAAAACGUAUGCUUAUUUGUUCAUUUUAUGUUAAAAGACAUUCUAUUUUUUCACUAUAGAAAUGUUAUGUAUAACGUGUGUUUGUGUGGAUGUGUGCCUAUAUAUAUAUAUAUAUAUAAUCGCACAUUCAUAUAUAUUUAAAUGAAGAACAUAAAGAUGUAUCCAAACUUAUUUUUUUUCUGUUUCUUGUUUUUCUGUAUUUUUUACCACCCAUAAACUUUCAAUUGCUCAUGUAAAAUUCUGAUGGAUUUUUUUUGUUUUGUAACCAUGAACUUAACCUUGGGAUAUAUUGUGUGUUUCUCUGGAAACAAUUAGGGGACGUGUCUGGCCCGGGCGCCGCUCCUGCAACCCUUUUUCAAUCCUACCACUUGGUAGACCUGUGCCGAUAAGGAGAUGGUGUCUUUUUAAUUGUUGUUGUAAUUACUAUUAUCAUUAGCUAACAAUAGUCAUGUAUUUGUUUGAGUAUUAUUUUCAUAUGUAGUAGAUUAAAUAGUCUACAAAGCAUUCAAUUGAAGGAAAGAUAUUACCCAUUUUGCUGAAUUUGCCACACUAAAGGUUCUGUACUUUUUGACCAUGAACAGACCGUCUCCCUCUUUCUCAGAAGUCCAUUAUUUCCUCCUUCUUACUUUUUCUUUUCAGACACAACACGAUCAUCCAUUUGUUAGAUAUCAACUACGAUCCAGAAUAUAACACCUGUAAAUAAACAAACAUAUAGAUUAUAUGUAUUUGUUUAAUUUAACUCUCAACGCUCUCUUACUUCAGAUCAAAUACUGAACUGCAAAGAUGAGGUUCUGCUCAUUGCAAAGUUCACAGUGUGAAGUGUACUUUCUCCCUUUGUAACAUUUGUAGUCCACUUUGCUCUCUGUUCUUAAGUCCGCUCUUUCUUUGUCAUAUCUGCCAUGUUAGCAAAAUUCCCUGCUAGCCACCCACAGCUAACUCUGUUAUGAGAGGUCAAUGACAACCCAUAACUUUUGCCUCAGCACAGGCUUCUUGCAACCAAAAUGGCGCCUGCUCUCUGGCCCCAAAGUGAACCGGGCUGGGAAACGGCAACCAAAGGACUAUUCCUUUCCAAAACAAAAGCUCUAUCUUUCCAUCCCACAAAAGGAGAAGCGCUAGUUCCCAACUGCCUAAAAAGCCAAGAAGUGGAUAGUCCAUUGGCAGUCAUAGAAAGAAACAAGAGAUCGUUUUGCUACUUAGCAACUGGCCAUAGUGCGAUGACACAGUCAUUAAGGGCAAAGUACUACAGUACACUACCACAGACCCUGAAUCAUGACAUGAUGUAAGAGGGUUCAUUAUACUGUAAGAACCUAGUGCCAUACUGUGUUCAUUCUUAUUAUUUUUUUUGUUUUGUUACGGGAUGCAGAAUGAGUCAGGACUGAAUGAGAUUGAACCGUGUGAUGCAAAGACUAGGACGAAGGUAGAAGAAACAACAAAGACAUUUCCAGCAUAUCCUUUUCAAGUGGGAAUCACAGACCUUUUCAUAUGAACAAAUCUUGAAAUUAGGACUUUUUUGUGACUUUUUUGUGACUGAACCAGACUGGGUAAGGGCCCAUGACAAAAAAACAAGACUGGACAUCUUUGGAAGUUUGUGCGAUGUGUUACUCUUUGACUUCAUGUUAAGAUGCCAGACUUUUGACAACAAUAGCAGCCAAAUCUACUGAUUAACAAAAGAGAAAAAUGACUAUAACAUAAUAGAACCUAUACGUACAACAGCCAACAAAAAUAUAAAGAACCUAAGAUCAAUCAAAAUAGUUUUUCUUUGUAUGAGGGCCAAGUGCUAUCGCUUUCAAACUGUUACUUCUAACUGAAACAAUGAUUGGUUAAAAACCACUGUGUAUGUACAUAUGUUGACUUUGUAUUAAAAAAAUGUUGUCUGAA